CUCCUUCGUUCUACUCACUCUGUUCUAACCUCGGCCGCCUCUAUCACCCUUGUCAAUCCUUGUUAUCCUACUCAGGGAUUGGGCAAGAUGCCAGAGGCCUACCCGCUUCCCUCGAAUUUGUCCCCGGCGACGGUCACAAACGUAACUUCGUUGGUACGGAUCGUUGCUUUGGGCCUCAUCUCGGCGGCUGCUAUUGCUUCGCGUUUGUUUGCUGUCAUCAACUUUGAGAGUAUUAUCCAUGAAUUCGACCCAUGGUUUAACUACCGAGCUACGCGAGUUCUUGCCUCAGAAGGCUUCUACGAAUUCUGGAACUGGUUCGAUCCUACUGCGUGGUAUCCUCUAGGACGUGUGGUCGGUGGCACCAUCUACCCCGGUUUGAUGGCCACUAGCGGCGUCAUCUACAGCCUCCUCCAUGCAAUCAACCUUCCCGUCGAUAUUCGCAACAUUUGUGUGUUGUUGGCUCCUGGUUUUAGUUCGUUGACGGCGUGGGCUACAUAUAUGUUCACGAAAGAAAUGAAGGAUGAAAGUGCCGGUCUCUUGGCUGCAGCGCUCAUCGGCAUCGUGCCCGGAUAUAUCUCUCGUUCCGUAGCUGGAUCUUACGACAACGAAGCCAUCGCCAUCUUCCUUCUCAUGUUCACCUUCUUCCUCUGGAUCAAGGCUCUCAAGAACGGUAGCGCUCUCUUCGGCACCCUCGCCGCUCUGUUCUACUUCUACAUGGUGGCUGCCUGGGGUGGUUACGCUUUCAUCACCAACAUGAUCCCUCUUCACGCUCUCGCGCUCCUGCUCAUGGGCCGCUUCAGCAACAAGCUAUAUGUUGCUUACUCGUCCUGGUACGCUAUCGGCACGCUUUCCAGUAUGCAAGUGCCCUUUGUCGGCUUCCAGCCCGUGCGCACCAGUGAGCACAUGGGAGCGCUCGGUGUCUUCGGUUUACUUCAAAUUGUCGCCUUUGUCCAGCUUGUUCGCUCUCAUGUCUCAUCAAAACAGUUCAACAACUUGCUUUUCGCGUCCUCUAUUGCCGCGGGUGUCGUUGGCGCAAUCGGCAUCGUGGGACUCACGUACAAGGGCGCCAUCGCUCCCUGGACUGGUCGUUUCUACUCGCUCUGGGACACCGGCUAUGCUAAGAAGUACAUCCCCAUCAUCGCUUCCGUGUCCGAGCACCAGCCUACUGCCUGGCCUUCGUUCUUCAUGGACCUUCACUUCCUCAUUUUCCUCUUCCCUGCCGGUGUCGUCCUCUGCUUCCGUGAACUCCGUGACGAACACGUCUUCGUGAUCAUCUACGCCCUCGUCGCCAGUUACUUCGCUGGUGUCAUGGUCCGUCUUAUGCUCACCCUCACUCCGGUCGUUGUCGUCACCGCAGCCAUCGCCCUCUCAACUCUCCUUGAUACCUACAUCGAUCCCAAAGAGCCCGAGAAACCUACCGAAAAGAAAGAAGCCGUCGAGGGUACCCCUUCCCACACGGAGGCUAAAAAAGCCAAGAAGGAAAAGGCUGCCGCAGAAGGCGCCAACUCCAACCAAACCGUCAGCGAGCUUCUCGUCGGGAUGACCACUGGUUCCUCCUCGACCGGAUCCAAGAAGAAGGCCGCCGACAGACAGAAAGGUAUCUUCGGCAUCGACGCGCGUCUUACCGCCGUCCUCAACGCCGUCGGUAUCCUCUUGUUCUUUGUCGCCCAUUGUACCUGGGUCACCUCGAAUGCGUACUCUUCGCCUUCGGUCGUGUUGGCGAGCCAUAAUGCGGAUGGGUUGAGUAUCAUCGACGACUUUAGGGAGGCGUAUUAUUGGUUGAGGCAGAACACUCCGGAGACGGCCGUCGUCAUGAGUUGGUGGGAUUAUGGAUACCAGAUUGCGGGCAUGGCUGACAGGCCCACUUUGGUGGAUAAUAACACCUGGAACAAUACCCACAUUGCCACUGUCGGCAAGGCCAUGUCCAGCACCGAAGAGGUUGCCUACCCCAUCCUCCGCAAACACGACGUUGACUACGUCCUCGUCAUUUUCGGUGGUCUGAUCGGCUACUCCGGAGACGAUAUCAACAAGUUCCUUUGGAUGGUUCGUAUCGCGCAGGGUGUCUGGCCCGACGAGAUCCAGGAGCCGAACUAUUUCACCCCGAGUGGCGAUUACCGUGUUGACGAGCAGGCGUCGUCGACGAUGAAGAACAGCUUGAUGUACAAGAUGUCUUACUACAGGUUCUCGGAAUUGUUCGGUAGCCAGCAGCCCGUCGACCGUGUCAGAGGACAACAAAUGCCCCGUCAAGGCCCCACCCUCGAUUACCUUGAGGAAGCCUUCACGUCAGAAAACUGGAUCGUCCGCAUCUACCAGGUCAAGAAGGAGGACCCGCUCGGACGAGACCUCAAAACGGCGAACGCGUUCGUCCAUGGGAAGAAGCGCAAGCGGACAAAGCCGCCUGUGCGGAGGAGGUCUGCGUAGACGGGACACGAGGAUCUGGAUGUGGCUCUGAAGUAGUACAAUAUUAUUGUGUGGUGCUGCGUGCGUGCAUAGGCAAGGGCUAGCGGUGCGGAUAAAAGACUUAGAAAUCUUUGAUAUCUGUUCGAAGGCGCAAGAAGUGGGGGAUGCGAUAGUACGGUGAUAGGUAUGAAAAAAACGCAUGGGCAGAGCAUCAAAAAGCAAGGCUAAGUAAGGCUUGUAAGAGCGGAAAUUGUGGCACCAGCAUAGUUGUUUCUCGUGCUCGAACGCGACAACGACGCACGAAGGAUGGGCAGAUUGUGAUGUGACGGUAACAGCAAAACAGGAUGAGUAUAGCAUGGAAGAGCGUGCAAAAUUGAGUGUAGUGAGAAAGUGUGAGUGGACAAUGAAGUGAGAACGCAAACUUCAGCAAUUGUAUGAUAAUAGUGUGCAUACUCACAUCGAUAGCCCUAGAGUGGUCGUCGUGCAUCGAAACCGGAUAAAUGACCAUCGUUCACACACACGCUCGAAGACUCAUCCCGCUGCUGAGUUCAUUCGUCCAUCAAAGCCCACUCUUUCCCUCCGACCACCCAGCUCUGCAGUAUAUGAUCUAAACUUCCGCCAUCUUGCCAAUGUAAGUCUGUAAUCCGUCUAAGCGUCAUGCAGGCAUUUCCUAUCUCCUUUAGCUGACCUCCGUGGUCAGAUUCGUGGCGGGAGUAAC